AUUGUACCGCACGGUUUACUUGGUGGGAAGUGAGGAUCAGCCGACAUCCCAACCACAUACAAUUCGUCUUACCUUUUUCCGCUUAAUAUAAACAAAGAUGGCUAUGACAGUUUAUAGGAAAUUUUCACAAAUCAAAGGCCUUCAUUCUUUUAAAAAAGGUUUCUCAUCUAGUGCCGCAACCCAGCUGGAACCUUUCAAGCUCAUAAAGUUCGCAAAUCAAAAUGGGGUUUAUAAUGUACAACUUGACUCCCCUAGCACAAGGAAUGCCCUUUCACUUGAGAUGUUGAAUGAACUUCAUACAACUUUCAAGAUGGUCAAUGAAGCCAAAGACUCCCGUUGUGUGUUACUGUCUUCUACUGGAAAAGUCUUCUCAGCUGGCCACAACUUGAAAGAGUUGACGAAAGACAUACCUCAAACUCAUCAUGGUCUGGUUUUUUCAACGUGUACUAGCCUAAUGAAACUCUUGCUUGAGUGUCCUGUCCCCGUUGUGGCAAAGGUUGACGGAAUAGCUGCAGCUGCAGGUUGCCAACUGGUAGCCAUGUGUGACAUUGUAGUAGCAAGCAGCCAUUCCACAUUUUCCACACCGGGUGUCAAUUUGGGUCUCUUUUGCUCAACACCUGGUGUUGCUGUUGCCAGAUCCAUCCCAAUGAAAUUAGCUUCAUAUAUGCUUUAUACUGGACUCCCUAUAUCAGCUGAUGAAGCUUUGAAGGCUGGUCUAGUUAGUAGAGUUGUCAAGGCCGAACAAUUAGAAAGUGAAACGCAAAAAGUAAUUGAAAGUAUUCGCGAAAAGAGCUUACCUGUAAUCCGUUUGGGAAAGCAAUUUCUGCAACGUCAGAUCAAAAUGAAUAAUAUCAUGGAGGCUUACAAAGAGGGAGAGAGCGUAAUGAUGAACAAUUUGCAGCUUUACGACACGCAAGAGGGUUUGCAAAGUUUCGGCGAGAAGCGUAAGCCUGAAUUUCAGGAUAAGUGAGCCUUCGUAGUGUUAUUAUUUUACCACCAUUGUGAAGGAAGUUUUAAAUAUUUUAAUA